CUUUUGGUAUAAUUACCUUUCUCUAUGAGCUUUGGUUUCCUGCCAGCUGUUGAGAUACCUACCUACUUGUAAUGAGUUUUGAUAGUGAUUCAAAGUUCAGUUUGUCCUGUUCUCGAGCAGUACCAACAAUGUUACGUGUAGGGUGUAAAAUGGUUAUUUCCAAGGGAUCUAUUUUGAAACCGUAUGCAAGUUCUUACGAGUUGGUUUCUAAUUACACUUCUGCGCAGCCAGAUACCAAUUCAAACAUUCAAAAUUUACCAAGACUACCGGUACCACAACUUAGUGAUACGUUACAAAAAUAUUUAAAAACGGUCAGACCUCAUUUAAACGAAGAUGAAUUUGCUAACACAAUCAAACUUGUGAAAAUAUUCGAAGCAGAAGAGGGUAAGAAGCUUCAAAGCUUACUUGAGAAAAGGGCAGAAACGCGUUUAAACUGGCUCGAAGAAUGGUGGUUGAAUACUGCAUAUCUUGGAUAUCGUGAUCCUGUAGUUGUGUUUUCAAGCCCUGGACUAGUUUUCCCAUUUCGCAAAUUUAAGACACAAUAUGAACAACUGCAGUAUGCUGCUAAGACAUUGCUUGCUGUACUUGAUUAUAAAGCAUUAAUAGACGGGAACAAGAUCCCUCUAGAAAUGAUGGGCAAAAGGCCUUUGGACAUGUCACAGUACAAAAAAGUUUUUGGAACGUGUAGAGUACCUGCAGAAAAAAGAGAUAGACUAUCAUAUAAUGACAGUAAAUAUGUGACAGUCAUACAUAAUAACCAUUUUUUCCACGUCGAUUUAUGGGGUGACGAUAAUCAAAUUUUGAAUGAAGAUCAGAUAAUACAGCAGCUCAAGCUAGUUCAGGAAAAGUCAAAGUCACCCGCAGAUGCAGCAGUAGGAAUAUUAACAUCUGAAAACCGCGAUGCUUGGGCGAAGGCUUACAACGCUUUGUUAAAAGACUCUGUUAAUAAACAAAGUUUAACUGAUAUAGAGAAAAGUUUGGCUGUGCUAUGCUUAGAUGCACCUGUUGAACUUUGGAAAUGUUCUAGUAAAAAUGCCCAACAAAAUCUGGCUGCCGCUCAAACCAUUCAUGGAGGUGCUUCAAGGGGUAACGGGGGCAAUCGGUGGUUCGAUAAAACAAUACAGUUCAUAGUUGGUGCUGAUGGUCUGACUGGUCUUACCUAUGAACAUUCUCCAGCCGAAGGCCAACCUAUAGCUGUUUUGACGGACUACAUUAUCAAUUAUAUAGAAAAAGGAAAGACUGGCAGUUCGCAUUCGGCUAGUCCAAAACAACCGGUACAUUUGCAAUUCAAUGUCAGCUCUGAAGUUAAUAACAUGAUCAACACAGCCAAAACCAGUUUAGACAGAUUAGCAGAAAAUCUUGAACUCAACUGUUUUACUUACGAAAAGUAUGGCAAAAAUUUUAUAAAGACGCAAAAGUUAAGUCCGGACAGCUAUUUGCAAAUGGCUAUGCAAUACGCUUUUUUCAUGCUUCAUAAUACCCCCGGAGCGCAUUACGAGUCUGCAGCAACAAGGAUGUACGUCGGUGGACGUACGGAAACUAUAAGGUCUUGUUCCAUUGAAUCCGUGGACUUUGCUAAAACUAUGUUAAACGCACAAAGUUCACCCAAGGACAAACUGCAGGCGAUGCAAAAGGCUAUAAAUGCUCAUAAAAAUUAUACAGUACAGGCACUUCAAGGUUUUGGCGUAGAUCGACAUUUACUUGGUUUGAAACUUAUUGCAAUUGAGAAUGGCAUUGAUAUUCCGAAACUUUACACGGACGCAGGAUUUACCAAGAGUGCUCACAUGAGGAUAUCGACAAGCCAGGUGGCGUGUAAAUGCGACGGAUUCAUGUGUUAUGGCCCUCUUGUAGACAACGGUUACGCUACUUGCUACAACCCGCGCGAUAACGAUGUUAAUUUCGCCACGUCCGCGUUCAAAGCCAACGCCGAAACUGACUGUAACAAGUAUAGAGGAGCCUUGGAGAAAGCCUUACAGGACAUGCAUGAUGUACUACUGCUAACCACGUCAUCCAAAUUAUAAAGAAGUUUACGGAUUUUCAUUUAUCGACAUAACGGCGAGACGUCUUUAUGUUCAUUUUGGUGGAGGAUUUUUACACUUUGCUUUAAAUUAUCUUAGCCAUAUUUACCAUGUGAAGUGAGAUGAAAUGGAGGAGCAACUUCUAUGAAAAUACUCAAAAAAAAAAAAACCAACUGUGAUUAUUAUAGGGGCCAAGGCUGUAUCGACAAUAUGAUUGGUAGUCAUUUUGAGACUGACCACAUAGCCCUAAUUGUAAAAUUAAAAAUAACAUGCCAUUGAAUAUCUGAUUUUGGCUCGCAGUAACUAUCAAAUUCUGUUCCACGAUUUAUUCUAAAUACUUACUUUUGACGGCUUUCUUGUAAACUUGCCUAAAGCUAUCAGUUUAUUUUUUAAACUUCCCUUUUAAUGCAUUAUUUUAUUAGGCGGUUAAACAUAAUCGGUAUUACUGCAAACAAAUUAGGGGCGGUUUUAAACUUUGUUUGACAUUUUUGUCUUAAACGCGUGUCGUAUUGAACGCAUAUCUAACUUUUUUGUGGUAAAAAGAAAAUAUGUUUAGCUGCAAAUGACUACCCUUACAUUUGAUAGCUAUUUGGACUAUGUGGUUAUUGUUCACUUUUGUCAAAAAUAUUAAAGUAUAUUUGAGACACAAGGUAUUUAAAAAUCUAAGUACUUAUUACGUAUUUUAUAGGAAAAAGAUAAUUUUCAAAGUAAUACUAUAGUGCAAGCGCGAAGACCCGCUUUACUAUUCCAAUCAAAUGUCCAUAGUGGCUGCUCAGGCGCGGUUUCCUACCAGACUGGGUAUCAUAUCUGACAUAGUAGGGGACGAUGAUUAUAGGGGGUAGGAUUUUGGGAUUUACUCGAGCGCGGCAGAAUAACCUUGCAGCUUCAUACUGGAGCCCUUUACAUAGAGUCGAAAGGGCAUCAAAAAAACUUCCAUUCUCCAGUAGCUCCUAUUGAAAAGACUGACGAUUUCGAUGCGACCAAAAGCCAUGGCAUUGUUGAUAUUAUUUUGCUGCGCCAGACGUUCGACGUUAUACAAAGGCCUUGCGUUUGGUGGGAGUUUUGUUUUCACUUCACAAGGUGCAAGGUUGCCUCCCUUAUGUUAUUCUGCCGCGCUCGAGUAAAUCCUAAAAUUUCCGCCAUACUAUUAGUCCGGUUGAAGUCGCGCUCUACUAUGGACAGUCGUGACUCCCGCGUCAGCAGCUUGGCCAAGAACCUUGUGCUUAGGGCGGAUCCAGCUUUGGCGCCAGGGGGGGGUCAUAUAGUCGUGGUCAAGUCACAGUGGGUACAGAUUGUGAAGUGGGUACAGAUGGACCCAGCUCAGGGGGGGGGGGGGUCAUGACCCCCAUGACCCCCCCCCCUGCCAAGGGCGGAUCCAGAGGGGGGGUCAUGGGGGUCAUGACCCCCCCUCUGGAUCCGCCCUUGGUGCUUAUCAUGAUAUUUGUUUGCGAUCGUAAGAGAUUUAUUUAAAACUUAUCGCAAAACGGCAUACCCAACUCUCGACGAAUUUUCAUUAAAUUAUUAUUAUUUGAUUUUAUCAUCGCAGUUCUAUGAAAUCAAUUAAUCCCAAACUAUCAAAUUUCAACUACUGACUGAGAUUUAUCUUGCUAUAUUUAUAUCUAUUGUGAAAAUUUUACAGUUUAUGGAAAUUGGAUGCGUGACUGUCUGUCAACACAGAUUACAAUUAUUAAGCUCGUUAAUUGUUAAUAAAAUUAUAUGGAAUGCCUUUCAUUGUUUUGUACUAUUAUACAAUAAAAUACCUAUAUUCUUU